AUGGGUCAUAAAGUGAGUGUGACCGAGGCUCGCUGCGUGGCGAGUGUUGACGCUGAAGUCUUUGCGAUGCGAGACACGCCUCGCUCGGCUCUCGUCGGAUGGCUUCAUUCCCCGCCUUUUAAUCCCGUCACCCAGAGACCCCAGAGCACCUCCAGCGGGACCUACCCCUCCCCACGAGCUCACGGCUCCAUGGGGAUUAGACACAUGCGAUCCAAAGCAGAGUGUGAGGAGAGCGCUGCAGAGGGGAGGUAA